AUUACUUGCAAUGAGGCAGCAAAGUGAGCCAAGGAGAGCUGGAUGGGUUUCCCACAGGAGCUUGCUGGGAUGAGCCAGGCUGGCCCCAUGCACCGUGCUGUGCCUCAUGUACCCCAGAGCACCCUGAACACCAACACCAGCCCCAUGCACUCCACUGUGCCCCAUGAACCAAUGCCAACCCUGUGCAUCAACACCGGCUCCAGUGCAGGUGCAGAGAGAUCCAGAGGCUGCACAUCCUGCUGUCCACAGAGGUCAUGGGCAGCUUCAGAUGAUGCUGUGCCUUCACCAAGGGGAGAUACCCAGUUCGUUACAACUCUCAACUCUUCUGGUAGUGCCACAAAAACAUUCCCAAGUGAGCCCAGGCAGGAAGGGUGUUUUAUUCCAGACAUUACAGGGAGUGGCAACCUGUGACACUCCCAAAUGCGUGGAAGGGAGGGAACAGCCCGAUGCAUGGUGUGUGAGAGCAGCGUGCUUGACAGUGGAGACCUCCUGCUCGGCAGACAUCAGGAAGAAGAGCACCCCACCUCUUCUGCACCACAACAGGUUGCCAUGAUGUGGCUCUUCGUAACCAUUGCUUAUGUAAUGUGCAUCAGUGAAAAGUCAAAUGCAAGUCCUGAGGUGUCCACGGGUUUUGGUGAAAUCAUCCGCUACCAUGGGUACCCCUAUGAGGAGCAUGAAGUGGUGACAGAUGACGGCUAUUACCUCACCGUGCAGAGGGUUCCUCAUGGCAGAGACAAUCCAGAAAGCAUGAGCACCUCCCAUGAAGCAGAGACACAGGGCUCCAGCAUGUUCUGUCCUUCUCCAAAGCCCGUGGUCCUCCUGCAGCAUGGCCUGGUGUUGGAGGGAAGCACCUGGUUUACCAACUUACCCAACAGCAGCCUGGGCUUCAUCCUUGCUGAUGCUGGCUACGACGUCUGGAUCGGAAACAGCCGGGGGAACAGUUGGUCACAAAAGCACAAAGAGUUUGAGUUUCACCAGCAGGAAUACUCAAAUUACAGCUUUCAUGAGAUGGCCAUGUAUGACCUCCCAGCAACAAUCAACUAUAUUCUGCAGAAAACUGGACAGGAGCAGUUGUACUACGUGGCCUACUCCCAAGGAACCACCAUAGGUUUCAUUGCUUUUUCAUCCAUUCCUGAGCUGGAUCGCAAAAUCAAGAUGUUUUUUGCCUUGGCUCCUAUCACCACAAGCUCAAAUAUGAAGACACCCUUGCUAAGGGUGUUUGACCUUCCUGAGAGGCUGGUUAAGCUCAUUUUAGGACACACAGUAGUCUUCAAGAAGGGCGAAAUACUGCACCAAAUGACUUCCAGACUGUGCAUCUACCCUUUCUUCAAAAGCUUUUGCUCCUUGGUCCUUUACUUGCCUGGUGGAUUUACCGACAGCUUAAAUGUGAGCCGCAUGGAUGUCUACCUGUCCCACUACCCCGAUACAACAUCCAUAAAAACCAUGUUACAUUGGCGCCAGCUCUAUCAAACAGGGGAAUUCAAAUAUUAUGAUUACGGCAGUGACAACGUGUUUCAUUACAACCAGACUACACCUCCCUUCUACAAACUGGAAAACAUGAAAGCCCCUCUUGCUGCAUGGUAUGGUGGCAACGACUGGAUUUCAGCCCCUGAAGAUGUAAACAUCACACUGCCUCGGAUAACCAAUGUGGCAUACAGAAAGUACAUUCCUGAAUUCGUCCACUUUGAUUUCCUUUGGGGUGCGCAAGCAUAUGAACAAGUCUACAAAGAAAUUCUUGCCCUGAUGGAGAGGAGCACCUAGAGUUGGACCAGAGGCGAUGAUUGUUCAUUUCUUGUUUGAUUGAUAGAGCUUCUUUUAGUUAAAAAGAAAA